AUGGAGCACUUCAAGCACAACAAGCGCGGCGGGCUGCUCUUCCAGGACCGAGAGACGCUCAAGAAGCAGCAGGGCGUGUUCAAAGAGGUCAUGAUGCAGGUCGGCUCGCAACUUCUGUCGGGCAAACUGGCCGUGCGGAUCUCGCUGCCGAUUCGCAUCUUUGAGCCCCGGUCGCUGCUCGAGCGCGUGGCGAACGGGUGGAACUACGCCCCCACCGUGCUCAAGAAGGCGGCGCUUAGUGGCGCAGACCCGAUUGAACGCAUGAAGUUCGUCAUGGCGUUUGUCGCGGGCGGUCUGCACUUUUGCGUCGGGCAGCUGAAGCCGUUCAACCCCAUUCUAGGCGAGACCUACGAGGCAACGUACGCCGACGGCACGCAGGUGUUCCUGGAGCACGUGAGCCACCACCCCGUCAAGUCCGCCUUCACCGUCGUGGGGCCCAAGGGGCUCUACCGAAUGUCGGGCGUGUACGAGUUCGAGUCCGUCUCGACUCGCAACUCCCUGGCCAACUACCAGAACGGAACUGUGACCAUCUCGUUCCACGACGGCGCAGUUAUCACGUACACGAUGCCCCAGAUCAAGAUGAGCGGCAUCCUGUUCGGCGACCGAGUGGUGGAGAUCGUCGGCUCUUCGCGGUUCGAGGACGUCAACAAUCCGCUCGUGGGCGAGCUCCACUUUGACGCGAACAACAGCUUCUUGAAGAAGUCGCAGAGCGAUGACAUCAAGGGCUGCAUUUACCCAGCAAAGGUAAGAAAAUCCGCCAAGCAUGCAGUAGCGACGGUGAACGGCUCCUGGCUGUCACACCUUCAGUUCGACGGCAAAACCUACUGGCAUGUGGAGUCUGAACCAGCGUUCGAGCACACUCCUGUGGACAACCCACUCCCAUCGGACGUACGAUACCGCGAGGAUAUUGUCGCCUUGAAGAACGGUGACGAAGCGUUAGCGCAGUCUGAGAAGCUGCGACUUGAAGCAGUGCAGCGAGCAGACCUCAAGCUUCGCGAAGAGAAGCAAGCAACACGCGCCAAGGCGUAA